AUGGAUCCAAAAAAGUUUUACGGGAGCAAAGCUAAGGUGUGUUGCAUUAGGGACAUACCUGCAGAAUCUGAUGAUAGUGAGAUAUCUACUGAUGAGGAGGAGGAAGAGUUGCUGCAAGAAGUCAGCGAUGAAAGUUCAGUGUCCGAACAAGAAGAUGAGGAUGAAGUCAGACAAGCCAUAGAGCCAGGUCCGUCUGCAGGCUCCCGCAAAAUUGUGUGGCGACAAAAGACGACUGACACAAGUACACCCGAGCUACUUUUCUUGGGGGCACAGAGGGAGUGUCCAGCUCCACGAGAGCCUUUGUCUUAUUAUCAAGAUUUAAUGUCUACUGAUAUCAUGGAGUCAAUUGUGCUGGAAUCAAAUAGAUACAGCAUACAGAAGGACAUUCACAGACCCCUGAACUUGGUCUUAGCUGAGCUACUACAGUUCAUAGGGAUUAUAUUCUACAUGAGCAUCGUAAAGAUUCCCAGGGCACGCAUGUAUUGGAGCCCAGGCACCAGAUGCUCCCCAGUGGCUGACACCAUGCCAUCAAAAAGGUUCGAAGAGAUCAAGGGAAAGUUACAUUUCUCCGAUAAUGCAGAGAACAAUGGCAAUGACAAGCUUGCCAAAAUAAGGCCAUUUUUUUAUGCUUUCAGACGGAAAAUCAAUGUGCUUCCGAAAUCAGAAAUGUUGAGUAUAGACGAACAGAUUGUCCCUUUCAAGGGACGCUCGUCUCUCAAACAGUACAACGCUAAAAAGCCCAAAAAGUGGGGACUAGGCCCGUCCAGCAACAUAGUACUACGGCUACUUCAGGAUGUUCCGCGCCAUGUGUGGCACAAGUUGUACAUCGAUAACUGGUUCAACUCUAUCAACCUGCAAACUACCCUUCAUAAGCAAGGAAUAGCCUGCCUUGGCACAGUAAGAGCCAACAGGUUGAAAGGAUGCGAGUUUCCUACAGACAAGGAAAUGUCGCGAAAAGGAAGAGGGACUGAUGUGCUGAAGAGAGCUGUGGUAGAUGGUGUCGAGUUGAAUGCUAUCAAGUGGCUCGACAGAAAAGCGGUUGUAAUGCUUAGCAGUUUUGGGGCACUGGAACCAAGAAAGGAAGUCACUAGAUUUGAUAAGAAGCAAAAAAAAGACAUUCUAGUUCAGUGCCCCUCAGUUAUUUCGCUGUAUAAUAAAUUUAUGGGAGGCGUGGACCUGUUGGACUCAUUGGUUGCCCUCUAUAGAAAUCCCAUCAGAUCUAAAAAGUGGUACAUGAGAAUCGCUUUACAUAUUUUUGACUUGGCCGUUGUACAGUCCUGGCUGAUUUAUGUUCAAGAUUGUAAAGCAGCACACAUCCCAAAGUCAGCGCAACAUUCACUGCUUGAAUUUAAAAGAGAAAUAUCUUUUUGUUUAUUGAACAGUAACCCGGUUGGCAAAAAACGUGGUCGCCUAUCGUUGCAGGUAGAGGCAGAAUUGGCCAAGAAAAAAAAAAGGGGACCUACUGCUCCCGUGCCUAGUUUACCUGUAAGAACAGACAAUGUAGGACAUUUUCCGCUGCCAGUUGCAGAUAAAGGGCGCUGCAAAUUUUUAUCCAAAUCACGGUAG